AGGAAAUUUUACUGACAGGAAUUAAAAAAAAAAUAUUUCCGUUUAAAUUCAGAUAUUUUGUAUGUGCUUUGCCUGAAACUUCACCUGGUCCUGGCAAUGGGUCACUAAAAAUUAGGAAAUUCUCCCUCCACAGGACAUGAAGCUCUAAAAAACCUCGAACAUACCGAAUAUGCUCAUUAGUAUAAACUGAACUGAUCGGGGAGAAGCAGAUAUGUAGGAGAGUUAUGAUCCCCUCGACAUCAAGAUCGUACAAAGGAAAGAAAAGAAGAAGGACUUCAAACGCUAUCUGGCGGUAUUAAAGUGGGUGUUUUUUCUGUUAUCAAAGUUAUUUUCAAGUUUGAAUAUGGUUUUAAAUAACUCUAGAAGAUCAAGUCCGCGCAUAAUAAUCUUCCACUUUAUUUGAAUUAAAUCGAAAAAAAAAUGUGAAAUGUUCCUUUCUUCUACUUAUUAAAAUACUAUUUCCAUAAAAAAUCGUUCAAGUUUACAUAAAUAACAAAUGAGCUCCAGUCUACAAAAUUCUGAAUCUACGUGAAGUAUAUUUAAGGCUGGAUCGCAAUCAUUUACCAUCAUAUCAUAAUAAUAAUUUUGUGAAUAUUCAGAGUGACGAGACAUACCUCGCAUCCUUCCCGAACAUCACACUUUUGAUUCUAGAAAAAAAAGGGGUAUACCUAGCAUGUGCUUGUUAUAAUAUAUGUAUUUAUGAAUAUGUGCAGUCAAUGUUUUCACCCAAAUGGAGUGCCGCAGUUCAAACAUGGCCAUUUCCAUCACAGAACAUUGGCCAAAGAGUGAUUGCUCCCCGCCAAAGUGUCGUUAUCGGAGUCCUGGUUUUGCUGGUUGUUUUUAGUUCUUACGAUGCGUUCUUGUUUGGGUGGUGUUGAUUUUUCUGAUGCCCAUUCCUGUACUUAAUCAUUUUUAUUUGUACCUAUUUUCUUUCGGAAAAAAAACCUUACAAUGCGAUAAUCUAGGGGUGGUAGAUACAUGUAAUGAUAUGAUUAUUAUAUGUGAACAUUUACGGGAGGAAAAAAUCACUAUAAAAGCCAAAACGCAGUGGCACUUAAAAUCAGUUACCAGUCAGUUUUUGGUGUCCAGUGGUAAUAUAUUGUUCAAAAGUAUCAACAAUAGCCGUCGUUCAGAAAAUUGUCAAUGUGAUUUUUUUUUUUACAAAUAAAAUCGAAAUUUUUAUAAACAUUGUACCCAAAAGGAUAUUCAAUUAAAAAAAAGUGUAUUGUUAUAAUUAUGGCAACCAUAUGUCGGAUGGCAAUUGGAUCGUGUAUAGUUUUAAUGUUUGUUUGUAUCAGAGCUAUGGAGACAGUUAAUUCAGCUGGAGAUGUAGGAGGAGUUUAUUCGAUUGAAAGAAAGCGAGGAAAUCCUGCAGGUAGUGAAAAAGCUGAAUUUGUUAACCCUGCAACUCUACAAGGAAACUAUGACGAAUAUCCGCUAAUUGUACCAAAACGCGCAGCUCUUCUACUGGACAGACUUAUGGUAGCCUUACAUCACGCUUUGGAAGAAGAAAGAAAUGUCAACCGUCGCAUAAGUGAAAUUUACGGAAGAGAUAGAACUCCCAGUUUUCUAUUGAAAGGUGGUUCCUUAGCAGAUUUUGAUCCUACUGAAAAUGAUAAUAUGUAUAGCGACGAAGAAGAGCCCGAUUAUGAUUUAAGAAAUUUAAGAGAUCUCAAAUCACCAAAUCGUGGCAGUGGUGAAACUUUAAUGGCAAAGAGCUUUCAGAGAAGAACACCACACGAAGAGGAUACUGGAUCUGGUCGAACUAAUGGACGAAUGUAUUGGCGUUGCUAUUUCAAUGCAGUUAGUUGUUUUUAAUUUCUCCUUUAAUCGGAGUAUCAUUAUAAUUUUUCUAAAAAAAUAAUUUUAUUUAAAUAUAUACUUAUGUAUAUGUAUAUAAAUGAAGUAUUAUUAAUAUUAUUGUAAUGUUCUUAAAAUAAUAUUUUUUUUCUAUCGCUAAUGUUGGUUCCAAUGAUACAUACAUAUAAUUUGAUUCGUAUCGCAAUUAAAAUAUUGUAAAUUUAAAAUAGUCUGUACAUUUAAGAAAAAAUAAAUCAAUGUUAUGUUUGAUCGCUGGUUUUUUCCUAUAAGCGGUGUUUUCUUGACACUUGGGCUCUAUUUAUUGGAUUAUUUAUUUAAGAGCCGAUUUUUCAA